UUACGGCCGCCGUAUAAACCCCCAGUACAGGCACCCAUACAGAGGCGGGAAGGAAGCUCCAAAGAACCAACCGGGAGAGCUCUCUCUCUCUCUCUCUCUCUCUCUACAGUUUCUUCUCUGCUUCGCCAAUGGCGCCAUAGAUCGACUGAGCUGCAUUCUCACAGAUCUGUCCUAGCAGUCUUCCGGUUACCAAGCUGGUUAACGAUCAGAAUGAGUCCCAGUCGCAGCAUCCUCCACAGAUCUCUCUCUUUCUUCCUCCUUCUUCUUCUUUCCUCUGUUCACGGGGAGAACCCUUACAGAUUCUACACCUGGAAUGUUACCUAUGGCGAUAUCUACCCACUAGGGGUGAAGCAACAGGGGAUUUUAAUAAACUGGCAGUUUCCCGGACCCCAGAUCGACUGCGUCACCAACGAUAAUCUCAUCAUCAAUGUCUACAACAGUCUGCCGGAGCCAUUUUUGAUCUCCUGGAACGGCAUCCAGCAGAGGAGGAAUUCAUGGAUGGAUGGAGUGUAUGGAACAAACUGCCCCAUACCACCAGGGAAGAACUUCACAUAUUUUUUGCAGGUAAAGGAUCAGAUUGGCAGCUACUUCUACUUCCCUUCCUUGGCAAUGCAUAAAGCCGCAGGCGGCUACGGCGGGUUCCGAGUCAACAGCCGCCCUCUUAUACCCGUCCCCUUCCCCCCGCCGGCCGGCGAUUUCACCGUCCUCAUCGGCGACUGGUAUAAGGCCAACCACACUGAUCUGAGAGCAGUUUUGGACGGCGGACAUGACCUGCCCUUCCCUGAUGGCAUCCUCAUCAAUGGCCGGGGCACCAAUGGUUUGUCUUUCACCGUCGAUCAAGGAAAAACAUACAGGUUCCGGAUUUCGAAUGUGGGCUUGACAACGUCGCUCAACUUUAGGAUCCAGGGGCACACCAUGACCUUGGUGGAGGUGGAGGGCUCACACACGCUUCAGAACCAUUACUCCUCGCUGGACGUCCAUCUGGGGCAAUCAUAUUCAGUGCUGGUGACCAUGGACCAGCCAGGCCAGGACUACUACAUUGUCGUUUCCACAAGGUUCACCAGCCAGAUCCUCACCAGCACUGCCAUACUGCAUUACAGCAACUCCGCCGGCGGUGUUUCCGGCCCACCGCCAGGCGGGCCCACCAUUCAGAUCGAUUGGUCCCUCAAUCAGGCUAGAUCCAUACGUUGGAACCUCACUGCGAGCGCGGCAAGGCCAAACCCACAAGGUUCAUACCACUAUGGACUGGUUAACACCACCAGAACCAUUGAACUGGCAAACUCAGCGGCUGUCAUCAAUGGCAAGCAGAGAUAUGCCAUCAAUAGUGUCUCCUUCAUUCCGGCCGACACGCCGUUGAAGGUAGCCGACUUUUACAAUAUCCAGGGAGUUUUCUCACUUGGCAGCAUCUCGGACUACCCCCAUGGAGGCGGUGCCUACCUGCAGACAUCUGUAAUGGAGGCUGAUUUCCGGGCAUACGUUGAAAUCAUCUUCCAAAACUAUGAGAACACGGUGCAGUCAUGGCACAUUGAUGGCUACUCAUUUUUCGUUGUCGGAAUGGAUGGGGGCCAAUGGACACCAGCAAGCAGGAACGGAUAUAAUCUUCGAGAUGGCGUCUACAGAUGCACAACUCAGGUAUACCCUCAGUCAUGGACUGCAAUCUACAUGCCUCUGGACAAUGUGGGGAUGUGGAACAUAAGAUCAGAGAACUGGGCCAGGCAAUACUUGGGACAACAGUUCUACCUCAGAGUGUACUCCCCUGUAAAUUCAUGGAGAGAUGAGAACCCCAUCCCCCGGAAUGCACUCCUGUGUGGCCGGGCGUCUGGCCGGAGAACCCGGCCUCUCUGAUGGGACUUGUCGCCGGUGCCUCUUCUAUGUUCGUCACGAGAGGGUGACGAGAUAGUCGACAUCAGUUGAUGCUUUCCCAGUGCUCUCUACUCGAAAAGUUGUCUAGAUAGUUUUCGGUUCCAAUAUAUGUUGCUGUCUUCUUCUCUUAUGAGUGUUCUUCAAUUGUUGAUUCGUGACAAGUUAAAAGGAAGGGGCUAGGCUACUCUAUGAGCAGUUGGCAUCCUGGCCUCUUUAAGGGAGUAGGUCCUAAUUCUUGUAGCUUCAUGUAAGGUAUGUUUACAUAUUUGGAGCCAAUAAAGACUAAGAUCUCUCUCUCCCCCCCUAUACCCACUAGUACACAAAAUUCACAGCCUCUUUGGAUUAUAAACAGUUUCAAAGGACUGAAUGAGAAUUAUCUACCGCUUAGUUGUUACA